AUGGAGUUACAAAGUCGGCCUUUGCUGCGCUUCGUGCCUUUCGUCAUUCUGCAGCAUGUUCUGCUAGCUUGUCUCAUUGCCAUCCGCAUGCAACGGCGUGCACGGAUAGUGGCAUUCCUCUCCUACUUCUGCGUCCUCGUUCCCGUGUUCCUGUUCACCACUGGGGACAUUCAUAGAAAUCAUUCGACGGGCUGUAUGGUCACGGGGCAAAUCUUCACAGCAUUCCAUCUCCUCUGCCUGUCUGAUCCCUUGAACGACUUUCGACACGAACGCGAGGAAAUAUCACCGAGUAAGAUGCCCUACUUACGUCGCGUAUACUGGGCCCUUUGCGUCAUAUGCAGUCCUCGCGGAGUCGGCUGGAACUAUCAGGUCGCCAACGUUCCUUCACGUUCAAAUGAUGCAAAAUGGACGUUCGUGCGCCUGAAGCUGUUGAGCGCGCUCCGAUGGUUCCUGCUCAUCGACUUCGCGCAAUCGCUCCAACGUUCCCGCCCUCUGCUUCCUGGAGGAGAAAUGGACGUGCUUAUUGUUGCAAUGCAUGGAUGCAUCCAGCGCUUCAUCACCAUUGCGCUUAUCGAUAUGCAAUAUGCUCUAUGUGCCGCGGCGUUUGUAGCGCUGGGAAUAUCGGAGCCCAAGGAUUGGCCGGAUUUAUAUGGGCAGUGGUCUGAUGCGUGUACAGUCAGGCGAUUCUGGGGGCGCGCAUACCAUCAAAUGAUCAGACAGUACACGACGUCAAUUGGGAAGCUGGUCUGUCACCUCUUUCGCCUGCAGCCGGGCUCAUGGAUGUCGUCGCGUACGCAGCUCUACGCCGGCUUUGCCGUCUCCGGCCUCAUGCACAGCGGCGGGGACCUCAUGGUGAGCCCAUCGCUGCUGGGCGCGUCGUUCCCGUUCUAUUUCUCCCAAGCAUUCGCAAUCUCGUUUGAGGAUGCCGUCAUCAGCGCCGCGCGCAGAAGCAAGUUGGUGAUGAGAUGCCCACAGACGCUGCUGCGUUGCGUUGGGUAUGCCUGGGUGCUCACAUGGACGGUCAUUUCGGCUCCCUUGUACCUAACUUGGACAGUGAGAGCGGGAAUCAGCAAUGAGAACCGUGUUUCAUUUUCGUUACUUAGUUUUGUCGUGUCUGCUUUCGAGAAUUCUUGA